AUGGUGAUGUCACUUCAGGAAGUGACGACGUUGUGCUCCCCAGGGAUGCGCAUGCCAUGUGUGUUCCUGGGGCGCCUGCCAGUGGUGGGCGAUCUCUGGACAGCCCCAAACCUCCUGUUCAUAGCCAACUACUGGCAGGCAAGCAGUUCGUUGUGCGAUGGGGGAGCCGGAGGAGCGCAGAGUUGCCAACCUGCCCAUCCACUCCACCAACAUCCCUUCCCACCAUCCUCGGAAGCAGCCCAGCAGCACACGGCCACCGUGAGUGAUCGAAAGGCUGUGAUCAAUAAUGCGGAUAUGUCUGAGGAGAUGCAGCAGGACUCUGUGGAGCGUGCUGCACAGGCCCUGGAAAAAUAUAACAUUGAGAAGGACAUUGCUGCUCACAUAAAGAAGGAGUUUGACAAGAAAUACAAUCCUACUUGGCACCGUAUUGUGGCAAGAAACUUUGGCAGUUGUGUGACUCAGGGGAACAAACACUUCAUCUACGUUUACCUGGGCCAAGUUGCGAUUCUCCUCUUCAAAUCCGGUUAG